UUCUUUUGUCGAAUAAUAGUCUCUCGGCCACCUUGGUCCUCCAUCAGACACAUACUCACUAGACUUUCCCGCGUUAUCUUCACCUUGUCCCUCGUACACUCCUGUCUCUAUCCUCUGAAAUUGUCUCAGCUUUGCUGCCCUCACCAACAAUGUCCGGCCUUAACAGCAUUCACCAAACAGUUACUGACGUGAAAGAUAGUGUCAUGGGCACCAGCGCUGCACAAUCAGGCGAGGAGCCGCCCUCAGGUGUACAGGGGAAAGGCACCUUAGACGAACCGUACGAUCAAGGAAACGCAUCAGAGAACGCCGCAAUGCGAUCAGACCAAGAACCUCUGUCCGGUGUGCAGGGGAAAGGCACAAAGACAGAGCCAUACGAUCAAGGGAAUGCAGGAGAGAGCACUACAUCUUCGCAGCCGACCAAUGUCCCUGCCUCAAGCGCUUCGACGGAGCGCAAGACUGCCUCGACCAAACCUGCGGAGGCACGAAGCAACCCAUUGAGUGCGCCAACUAGACGCCGUGAAGAGCGGGAUGUGAGCCCCGGCACAUUGCCGGAUGGCUCUCACGCACAAACAAGUGGUGAUCGUGGCGAGAGCUACGAGCCCGCGAAGGGACUCCACAGACUCAAGGGCAAGCUCGGUCUUGGAAAACACUAGAAAGCAGGGGCCGGCGCGGCGUGUCGUGUUUACCAAAGUCAUAAUCAUGCAGUGUCAACGCGUUCUGGAGGGUUCUGUGUCUUGCAAGCCGUUAUAGACCGACCAGAUUAUCCGGCCGCUGUUGUCGAAGGGCUUAAAGGCUGGUGGGAUAGCUCGUCUGGUAUUGCCUUAGAUACCAUUUCACCCAAGCUCACACAACCUAUGAUCGAUCAUCGUAAGCUCACGGUGGGAGGCCUUGAGCUUAGAAGCGAAACAUGGCCAAAAGAAUAUCGCGACGAAAUGAAAUGAAAUGGUGGCCUGUUACCAGUAGUGAACAAAAGAUCGAUUCAAUGGCUCGUCG